CAAAUCCGUAACGUUUUUUCUUCAAUUUUACAUUCCAUCCAUCACAAAAACUUGUAUUUAUUAAAUUAUUCCUUCAUAUUUUUGUUAAUUAUCCGUGAUUAUUAAAUUUGUUAUGUUUUAGUAAAUCGUGAAAGUAAUUUAAGUGUGUUGUGAAUCUAGUGUAUCGUCCAAUGCUUGUAUAAAAUCAUGUCGUUGAUUCCAGAAAACGAUCACCCGUCGAGUAAUCAUAUUCAUAAUUUUAAGUCGUACAAUCCGUAUCCUAGAGGAAUGGCGGCUCGAAAAUUAUUCUCACAAAGUAACGACGAUUGUGACAAUGUCUUCGAUAAAGAUGCUAAUUCUUUCCAUGUUUACCUCAGAAUAAAACCUAAUCCAGAUUACAGAAAUACGAUAAAAAUUGUCGAAGGAUCGAAACUAGUUUGCAAACCUCCUAUUACUUCGAAAGUUUACAAAAGCUCCGAUAAAGCAGAAUAUACGUUUUCCAAGAUAUUUGGACCAGAAACUACCCAACAGGAUAUAUUUGAAGAGACUGUUUUACCCUGUGUUAACGAUUUGAUACGGUCACAUAAUGGUUUGGUAUUUUCAUAUGGUACUACAAACGCUGGAAAAACAUAUACUGUUCAAGGUGAUGUUAGGAAUCCAGGUCUUAUACCUCGUACUUUACAUGCUAUUUUUUCGAGAAUUACUCCCGACGAAGAAAUUAAAUUCGCUCCUCAUCACGCGACUAGUAUACGAAAAUUGAAUAUUAAUGAAAGUACCAACGCUAUAAUUCAGAAAGAAGAUAUUCUCAGGAUGCACGCAUCAUCGAAAAAUAAAGGUGGCGUGUAUCCUAAUGAAAUUUGCGACGAGUAUAGUAAGUUAUCUGAAGGUUUUGAAGACUAUUCAUACGAUCAGGAAACUGUACUACCGACUUGUUCAAUAUGGGUAUCUUUUAUCGAAAUUUAUAACGAGCUCAUCUACGAUUUACUGGAACCUUGUGGCUCUUCUCGAACACAGUUGAAAUUAUGCGUCGAUGGUCACAAAAAUUAUUUCGUUAAAGGUUUGAGGCAAAUUUGUGUUCAAAAUGCUGCCGAAGCGUAUUCCAUUUAUUUGUACGGCAAGAAAAAUUUGAGCGUUGCUUGUACCAAGAUGAAUGAAAAUUCUAGUCGUUCGCAUUGCAUUUUUGUUAUUAAAUUGUUGAAUCAAUCCGAUCCAGAAUUCGUUACAAUGUCAAGCUUAUCAAUUUGCGAUUUAGCUGGAUCUGAACGACAGACGAAAACUCAGAAUACUGGAGUUCGUUUAAAAGAAUCGGGAAAUAUUAAUUUGUCGCUAUUUACGUUAAAUCGAUGCCUGAAAACGCUAAGAGAAAACCAAAUGGGUAACCCGAUACAAGUUAUGCCGUACAGAUCGUCGAAAUUAACCCAAUUGUUGUGUUCAGCUUUACUAGAUAGAAAUGAAGAAAAAGUUAUCAUGAUAGUGAAUAUUAAUCCGGCGCAGGAAUUAUACGAUGAAACCCAGCAGGUUCUCAAAGUCUGCGCAAUCGCUUGUGAAAUACGUUGUAAACCUUUGAGUACCAGAAAUAUCCGACAUAAGACCAGAUUUUCAGCUUUGGUUUACGAAAAUGAAAGCGAGCAUGGAACUUAUCGACCUUACGAUUUGGAUGGCUCAGAUUGUGAAGAAGAACACGAUCCGUUAGUUGAAGGAUUACAAAAUCAAGUUACGAAAUUGAACGACGAACUGAAGAAAAAAGUAGACAUGAUCGAAUAUUUGCACAAGACUUAUAAAGAUAUGCUCGAUGAUUCCGCUAAAUUCCACGAAGACGAAGUUGAACAAAUCAGAAAAGAAAUGAAAGCAAACAACGAAAGCAGAAUUAAAUCUAUAAAAGAUUAUUACGAGUGGAAAAUCGAAGAAUUGAGCAAAUCCGACGGUUCCAACGUUGAAAAGUUGAAUAACUCCGAUCAAAUGGAAAGUAUGGAAUUGAAGAAUAAAAUAUCAGAAUUGGAAGCAGCCAUGACCUCCUUAAGAGUAGAAAAGGAACAGACCAUUAAAGCGAAAGAUGUCGAAGCUGAGAACCUCAAGUUGAAACAAGAAUUAUUAGAAUCUAAAGAAAAAAUAGCGAAUUUGGAAUCAUUGUUAUCUGAAGCCAAAGAAGAAUAUAAAAACUUGGAUAAACAAUACGAAAACGCAGCUAUCAAAUGUUCAACGUACCGAGAACAAAAUAAAGUCUAUCAGUUGAACGUAGACAGUCUAGAACAAUCAAUCGAGGCCUUGACCCUGGAGCUGGAAAGCAAAGAUAAGGAAUUAACCGAUAAAUCCAACCAUAUUCAGUACUUGGAAAAAUUAAUUGGCGACAAAGAAAACUUGAAAUCGAAGAGAAAAACCGACAGAAAGAAGAAAUUAUAUAAUCCCGAUGACGAAAAUAUAAUCCUAACUCCUGAAGAUUUCGGUUCCGAUCGCGAAGUUUUCAGAGAAAGUUGUGUUAAAUUUUCUGCGAGAACUCAAAAAAUGGUUUCCACUGCUUUGACCGCUUUUGGUCAAAAUUCUUCAAAUACGAGUAAAACUCCUCGUUCCAAAACCGAUACAUGUCCCAAACAAAUUUCCAUUACACAUAAUUCCACCAUUUGGUUGGAUUUAUCAAACGAACCAGAAAAAAAUUACUAUUUUGAUUAAUUUCUAAUUGUACCUGAGACUUUUGUUAUUCCUGCAACAAAUAAAUUUAUUUUUGUUCUUAUUUAAGUUAAAAUUACUGAUGAAUUACCAAAAAUACAGAAAUUUUUAAUAUUUUUUUCUUUUUACUAAAAAUUUGGAUGUGUUUUUUAUUCCAGUAGGGAGCUAAAAAUGAUACCGAAUACGUAAUUUUUAAAAAUAAAGAAGCUUGAAAGGUUUCUCACGUAAAAUGUAAUGAUUCAUUAUUCCUUAUUCGAUUGUUCGCCCCCUUUCUGCUCGUUGAUAAAAAUAAACCAAGUUUUAUCGUGAAAUUAAAAACGAAAGUUUGAAUUAUGACCUCACAACCUUGACAAUUCUUCAAUUCAAUUCGAUAAGACGUUCAGUAAAUGACGCUCUUGACCGAUUAAACUAGCAUUGUUUCACUCGCUACCAAAAUUUCGAACGUGAAAAUUGCUAAUUCGUAUUCAACGAUACUCAAUUAUCAAACUAACGCGUGACAACUCAUAAAAUAUAUUGUACAAACAUAACAUAAACAUUACUCAGAAGAAAUAAAGAAUUUCUAAGCUGUUUUUUACAAUAUUUUUUACACGAGAUUUAAUUUCUUUUCUUCUUGGUGAAAAAAAUCCCUAAAAAGUGGUAACGUCAAACGUAUCGUAAUUUGUUAAACUACGAGAAAUAAAUUACUUAGAAUAUAUUUGUUCGUAUUAAUACUAAUCUCAAAGUAACAGGUUUUACUCACGCAUCCCUGACUGGUAAUUAUUUUCACCCUGUUAUUAACGUCUGACGUUUUAAAAAAUACAAAAUCAACAACGAUUUACACGCUCACAGAAGGAGAAGGGAUCUUAAAGAAUAUAUUCACAGUAGAAGGAAUGCUUACUUAGCCAGAGUUUGGUCAAUAGACGUUUUAGUAUUAUGUUAAG